UAUCAAUCAACAUCAACAUCAUACAACAGCAGGAGAUCUCCACUUUUCAUUGGCGAGUCUGAAGUGAACAGUCUCGCUUCUGUGGAGUGCUAGUGUGAGCCAACCACUCCAAGAGAUUGACAAAUACAAUGAGCGUGGUGCAGCGUGGCUUACAGGUGCUGCUGCGGCAUGCCGCCUCCGCCAGCACCAGCGCAACUGUGCUGCGCUCGCCAUGCGUGGCGCGCUGCUUGUCGUCAACUUGUACAUCGCUGUCGGCCUCUUCGGCCUCUUCGGCCUCUUCGCCAUACGUGCCGGCGAAUCAAAGAACCGUGGUGACGAUCCCCAGCAUUCACGCGGCAUAUGCGCAGGGCACUCCACUCUCCAUGAUCACGGCAUACGACUACACGUCGGCACGGCUUGCGGCCGGUGCUGGUGUUGACAUGCUGCUUGUAGGCGACUCUCUUGGCCAGGUCAUGCUCGGCUACGACUCGACGACGCAGGUCACCAUGCACGAGAUGGUGCACCACUGUGCCGCGGUCACGCGCGCGCUUGAUGGCGCACCCCAACAGGCACCGCACCGGCCGCUCGUGAUCUGCGAUCUCCCCUUUGGCAGCUAUACCCGCCCAGAUGCUGCGGUGGACAAUGGCGUGCGCUGUGUCAAGGAGGGCCGUGCGGAUGCAGUGAAACUGGAGGGUGGCGUGCACGCGCCCGCGGUCAUCGACCAGGUCACCAGUCUCGUGGCUGCGGGCGUGCCUGUCAUGGGCCACAUUGGCCUCACGCCCCAGACGGCAUCGGCCAUGGGCGGAUAUCACGUGCAAGGCCGGAGCGAGGCGGCGGCACUCAAGCUGCUGGAGGACGCCAUGUUCCUGCAGGAGGCUGGCUGCUUCGCCAUUGUAUUGGAGAUGGUGCCUGGCAAGAUUGCGGAGCAUAUCACGCAGCAGCUUAGCAUCCCGACCAUUGGCAUAGGCGCAGGCGCCGGCUCCAGUGGGCAGGUGCUCGUCUUUCACGACGUUGUUGGCAUGUUCGACAAGUUUGUGCCCAAGUUCUCCAAGCAGUACGCGCAGGCUGGCGCCAUCAUCGCCGAUGCCCUGCGUUCAUUUCACGCAGAUGUGCAGGCUGGCGCUUUCCCAACCAAGGAGCACACGUUUCUCAUCAAGUCCGCGGUGCUGAGUUCGUUCCGGGAGAAGGCGCCUUCUGUCGCUGCAAGCGCCGUCGAGCGUGCGCGGGCGGCUGUCAACAAUGGCAGCAUGGGCCAUGGCCAUGGUGCGGGCAAGCAGGGCCGCCGCUCCUACCACAGCAGCACGCGUGGCCUCGAUUCGAGAGGUUCUUCAUCGUCCGCCACCGUUGACGCGGACCUGGCACACGAGGACUUGAAUGUUGCCGUGAUUGGUGGCGGAGCCAUGGGCAGUUUGCUGGCUGCCCGCCUUGGGGAGACGCUGGCGCACCGCGUGUUCCUGGUGACGUCGUGGCAGGACCAGAUUCAUGCCAUUGAACGGCAGGGUGGUGUGCAGCUGGUGGAUGGCACAGCAUCGCCUGCAGCUGCCACUCACACCGACCCAGUGACGUCUCGAGCUAUCGUGCUCAACGCUGAAACCCUCAGUGGGCCGCCAAUGGCUGAUGUGGCGAUUGUGAUGACAAAGUCUGCGACAACCCCUCAGGCAGCCCGCGUUGCACGGCGGCUCCUCCGCCCAAACGGAGUGGUGGUGACAUUGCAGAACGGCGUGGGCAACCACCAGGCCCUGAGCAGAGAGCUGCCCCACCACGCGGUUGUUGCUGGUGUCACCACGGAUGGAGCGCGCAUCGAGCGGCCAGGUCGGGUCGUACACACCGGUCGCGGCGAUACGCUCAUCGCUGGCGGUGGCGACGUGCAUGCUGCACAGCUUGUCACGGCGCUACUGUCAAGUGCCGGUUUUGCCUGCAAGCAAAUUGACGACCAGCGCGCCAUGAACUCCGUGGUGUGGGGCAAGUUGCUCAUCAACUGCGCCAUCAACCCCAUCACGGCAAUCAUGGAUGUUCCCAACGGGCAGCUCCUCGAGUCUUCUGAAGCACUCUCCAUCAUCGAAGAUGUUGUUGCCGAAGUGAUGGCUGUUGCUGAGCGCAAAGGGAUUGUGAUUCCGUUUGAGGAUCCUUUGGAUCAGGUGCACACAGUCCUCAGGAACACGGCGCCCAACUUCUCUUCCAUGCUUGCGGAUGUGCGGCGGGGUGUUGCCACGGAAAUCGACUACAUCAACGGGCACGUGGUCAAGGAGGGCAAGGCGAUGCGUGUUCGGACACCCAUGAACGCAAGCCUGUUGCAUGGCGUGAAGGCUCUGUCCAAUGCAAAGGCCACGGCUGCGUCCACCGUUGCGCUGGAGCCCGUCAUGCCGCAGAUGCCACCGCUGGGCCACAUGCCUAUUCCCACCGUCUUCCAACAGGCACCAACGGCAGCGGACCGGCCGCCCCUGUCAUCAUCAGCGCCAGCAACAGCGGCAUCAGCGUUGGCUGGUGAUGCGGCAUCAGCAUCGUCGCCUCUUGUCCUGCACACCAUUGAGCAGAUGCGAGCAUUUCGGACACACCUCCACCAUCAAUCCAACAGCAACAGCACCAACAGCAACAGCACCAACAGCAACAGCACCAACAGCAACAGCACCACCAACAGCAACAGCAACAGCACCAGCAGCAACAGCAACAGCGGCAACAGCAACAGCAGCAACAGCAGCAACAGCAACAGCAAUCACAAUUCCACUACCACUGCUGCCACUACGACGAACCCCAUUCAUGGGGAACGCGUGGUUGGGUUUGUACCGACGAUGGGCUGCUUGCACCAGGGCCAUUUGGGCCUGGUGGAGCAGUCGCUGCAGGAGUGUGACACGACGGUGGUGUCCGUGUUUGUGAACGCGCUUCAGUUUGCAGCCCACGAGGACCUUGACACGUACCCGCGGACGCUGGAGGAGGAUGUGGCCGUGCUGUCCCGCAUGGGGGUGCAUGCCAUCUUUGCGCCCUCCACGCGGGUGAUGUACCCACACGGCCCACCGAACGCGCGGGUUGUGAUUGAGAACGCCACGCGACUUGCGGAGGGCCAGUCGCGGCCGCACUUCUUUGAUGGCGUGGCAACGGUGGUGGCCAAGCUGUUCAACAUUGUGCGGCCUGCCGUGGCGUACUUUGGACAGAAGGAUGCGCAGCAGUGUGCCACGAUCCGCAGCCUGGUCCGCGACCUCAACUUUGACGUUGACCUCCGCGUGUUGCCGACGGCGCGGGAGCCGGACGGCCUGGCCAUGAGCAGCCGCAACGUGCGCCUGCCGCCCGAGCUGCGGCCCAAGGCAGUUGCCCUGUCGCAGAGCCUGAGCGCGGCGCGGCAGGCGUACGAGCGAGGGGAGCGCAGCCCGCCGCGGCUGAAGCAGGAGGCGCUUGCGGUGCUUCGCCAGGUGCCCGAGCUUGCUGUGCACUAUGUUGACGUUGCUGACGCCACGACCAUGGAGCCUUUGGUGGAUUGGCCCAUUGAAGGCGACUCGCAGCGCGUCUGCAUCUCCGUUGCCGCCACGCUCGGUGGGGUCCGUCUCAUCGACAACAUUGUCUUGUAGUCACAUAGGAGGAGUGGGUUGUCUGUUUGUUGUCGAGCAAGGAAGAGCGGUGUGGAUGUGUGCAUGUGUGAGUGCGUGAAUGUGUGGAUGUGCGUGAGUGCGUGGAUGUGUGGAUGUGCGUGUGUGCGCGUGUGUGUGAAUGUGUGCGUGUGUGGACGGUGACAGUGACAGUUGUGUGUUGUCAGUGACAGUGACAGUGAUGACAGACAUCAGUGACGGUGACAGUGACAGUUUGUCAUGUCAGUGGCAGACGCCUCACACAGCAAAAUUUUGCGACGAUUCCAUGCCCCGUUACCAAGAUCGCUCUCUUCCGUUUUGUUCGCGAUGCACCGAAAAACGUCAAGUUUUCUUCGUCCAUGUUUCGUUUACGUAUUCGCUACACCGUUUUCUAGUUCCGCCCAUUUUCAUAAACAUUGUG